GGGGCGUUCCAUUCUGAUUGGUUGACGGCCGAUGCCCGGUGUCCGGGUAAGAUGGCGUCGGAAGAGCAGUGCUCGGCACCACCUCGAUGGCGGUCGAUAUCCUUAACCCACGUAGAGUAUCCUGCUGGUGAUCUGACGGGGCAGGUAUUGGCCUUCAUGAGCCUAUUGCCCAUCGCAAUCCUCGUCGGAUUCGUCACUCUGAUCGUUUUCAAGCGAGAGCUACACACGAUCUCUUUUUUUGGAGGGUUGAUCAUGAACGAGGGGCUAAACUGGCUGCUCAAACACAUUCUGCAGGAGCCUCGGCCGUGUGGAGGAGGUCACGGCUCCGUCACGACAGAGUAUGGGAUGCCCUCCAGUCACUCGCAGUUCAUCUGGUUUUUUGUUGUAUACUUUUUUCUUUUUCUUUAUUUAAGAAUGCAUCAGACGAACAAUGCCAGGUGUGUUGAAUUGUUAUGGCGGCAUAUACUGUCCAUCGUUCUGCUGGCCGUGGCUCUGUCCGUUUCAUACAGCAGGGUCUACCUCCUGUACCACACCUGGAGUCAGGUGAUUUAUGGAGGUGUGGCCGGGAUGGUGAUGGGAGUGGUUUGGUUUUUUAUCACCCAAGAGGUGCUAACGCCACUCUUUCCCAAGAUAGCAGCCUGGCCGAUCUCAGAGUUUUUUCUGGUGAGAGAUACGAGUCUCAUUCCCAACAUCCUGUGGUUUGAAUACACCGUAACCAGAUCAGAAGCCAGAAACAGACAACGAAAGCUGGGAACGAAGCUUCAGUGAUUUUCUACAAAACCCAUUGAUAACUGACAGAAAGGACCACACACACACACACACACACACACACAAACACACUGGAGUUUCAUAGUCGGGACUGUUCUGGUUGAUGUGAAUGCGGAGAACAGUGUAUUUCUGGACCAAAGGAGUGAGUUUGUAGCGCAGACGUGAGCGUUAUCACAUCUCCUCCCCUCGUCCCUAUACUUCCCCUUUGCUCCUGAUGCAUGCAGACCGUGCAAGAGACAACAACUAUUUAAUGACAAAUCUAAUAUAUGUUUUAUUCAUUACCGCUCACAGGGAAGAUCUUAACAGCGACGUUUUACGACAUGACAAACCUAUCAGCAUGGCAUUACUUUUAUUUAAACGACGUGUUAAAGGACCAGGGACAGGAAUGCUGGGUAAUAAAACCAGUGCAGUAACAAAUACAACCUGGAUGAGGGUGUGGGGUUGCUCAUUUGUAUAUCUUAAAAGACAUAAAUACUCAUCAGAAAAUAUGUCCAGGUCACAUUUCACCCAAAAAUAAUAAAAUAGAAAUUUAAGCCUGUUUUCGAGGCGAUUUUGUUUGCAUUUGACAUUUUCACGAGGGCUAAUAAUAUUUUCUUUUCAAAUUCUUUUUAACAUCAUUUUGCAUAUUUUUUUUAUUCUCAAUAAUGAUUAUCAUUUGUCUUUUUUUUCUUCUGAAAUUAUUUUUUUUUUCCAUGUAAAAAAAAAUCUUAAUGGUUUGAUUAAGUCAAAAAAAAAAUUUUUUUUUCAGAAAUGAAAUUUUUUUUUUUUCAUGGAAAAAAAAAAACUUAAUGGUUUAAUUUUCUUUUGCCAUAAUAUUCAUUUCUUGUUCAAUUUUGAAGUGAAACAUGCUGAAGCUGAUUCCACCAUUAGAGUUUCUCACAAUGUUUUCUAAGAAUUUUAAAUUUGUAUCUCACAAUUCCUCUUCUGCAAUUCUGACAUUUUUCUCACAAAAGUUCAUAUCUUGCAUUUUUUUAAAAUGAGAAUUGUAAGUUAUAUUUCCGCCACAGCAUAAAAAAAAAUCUAAAUAAUGUAAACUUUUUAUUCCACAAAUCUGAGUUUAUAUCUUGCAAUGCACAUGUAGUCAAAAUUGCAAGAUAUAAACUCAGAAUUGUGAGGAAAAAAAAGUCUAAAUUCUGAGACAAACUGCAAAAUUAAUUCUGUGGUGGAAACCGGCUUCCAUAGGAACGAACAUGUCCAUGACAUCAUCUUGACGGGUUAUUUAUCUUGACUUCCUGUUAAAAAGUGUAACAUAAACUUAAAUAGGCUUUUAAACAGCUCAUGUUUGCACUAAUAGUUUUUGCUCAGCUGGCCCUUUCUGUUUUAAAGUUUGCCCCAUGCAGACAUUUUUUGCAUUUGAUUUUCCUCCAGAUUUCCGGGAGCAGGAUUUGGGAAAUGUCUUGAGCAUAAAGGCAUUGCAGAGCAUGGUGUUGUUACAACAAGUGGUGCUGGGAACAAAAUUAGGUCAUGGGAACAAAUUUAGUGCCUGUUUUUAGUCAGAAUGAUGUAGUACUUUAGUUUCAGUUUUUUCUGUUUCUGACACGUUUGUCCCUGAUGUGUUUUCACACACGACAUCUCUGCUGCGAUUUUCCCAUAAUACCACUUUUGAGUAUUUAAGGACACCUUUCCAACCGCUACGACACGAUUACUUGACAAAUGGAAAUAUAAAAAGGACAAAACAUAAUCAGAACCCAAACCUCAGGUUUAGAAAGUGUCUGUGACGAGAUGUUUAUAUAAAGGGAAGAGAGGUUAUUGCAUAAUUUGAAGAUGAUCCUCUCUUAUAUCAUGUGUAAUUCAUAUCAGGCUGAAUAAAAAAGUAUGAACUGUCGCA